AUGCCCCUCGUGCAGGUGCUGUAUUUCAUCUACUGUGUGGCAGAGGAUGACGAAGCUACAGAUGGCUGUUUCCAACGCAAUGUAACGGAAAGCCCAGAUUGUGGAAACAACCAGGCAGUGCCCAUCCUGACAGAGCCAUCUGGCCGGUACUCCCUGGACCUGACUCCUCCGACUAUCGCUGUACUGGAUGCGGUCUCCUACACACAGGAUUCUAUUCGAGUCACAGUCUCUUUGAACGAGGCGGGUACCGUUUGGUGUGCCGCAGUGCUAGACCUGCAGCCAGCACCUAGCACCAAUGAAGUGGUGGCCGCAGGAUAUUUCGCCAGCACGGUGACGGCAGGAGUUCUGGAUGUGACCAUUCAGAGCUUGCGGAGGGACACGGAGUACGAUGUUUACUGCUUUGCCCGAGACGAUGGCACACUGUCAGCGGCAAACAGCACGUUGGAGCUAAAGCUCUCCAAAAAGAACUCGAUCACGUAUGCAGACAUGGUGGCAACAAAGAUGGACGCCCAUGUCAUCUAUGACUCAGAGGCUCCGCUUCUCCUCGCUGUGGAUCCUCCACACAAUGCUUUCGGAGUCGGUGCCGGAGUCAACAUCAGCUUGACGUUCAGCGAGGACAUUCAGGCUGGGAAUGGCACCAUUGAGCUCCUCGCAAGUGGCGAGACUUCUAUCUUCUUGGAAGCUUUUGAAGUCGUGAUCGCGAACACUGCGAUGAUCAUCCUUGGAUCGAUCCACGGCGGCUUGACCCUGGGCAAGACUUGGAGACUCGUGGUGCCAAACGGGGCGCUCCAAGACCGGGCAGGCAAUGCCUUCGCUGGGAUUACAGAUGGUCAGUACUCGCUGCAGCCAUGA